UAUUUUUUUCUUUUUCUCUUUUGGUGAAUGCCAAGCAGUCAGACACUCUGAUUUCCCGUGGGGGGUGUUUCCCACCGUCGGGGGGUGGGUGACGGAAUUCCAGAGAGGAGGAUUUCUUUUUUAGAUGUUUUGCCAAGUUCUCACACUCUCCUCGGACCAUGGCGGAAAACAAGCAGCAAACAAACGGAUCUGGGACUCCAGAACGCCUUUUAUCUCAUGCCAGCGUGUGGAGCAUGGGUACAACUGCCAGCGCUGCACCCCAACCUGUUUAUGUAGCGUCGCCGCUUGAGAGUGUCCAUGGCAACGGGAUGGCAGACAGCAGGCAGUCUUUAAGUAUCAGUCCCUUCCCUACGGUCAGCAUCCAUAACAGCAAGGCCAAGUCCAUUAUCACCAACAAAGUUGCACCGGUCGUCAUCACGUAUAAUUGCAGACAAGAAUUCCAGAUUCACGAUGACAUCCUCAAGGCCAACUACAAAGUUGGUCGGAUAUCGGACUCCAUGCCUGAGCACUACCUUGUGAAGGGGGAGUACUUCAUGGUUCAGGAUGCGAACAGCAAAGCAGAUGUCCUCAACACCACGAGCAGCUACGGAGCACCCAAUUUCCGUCAAGUGAAGGGAGCCUACCCGCUAUAUGGGAUGGGUCAGCCCAGCCUCAGUGGUUUCAAACAGGUUCUGCAGAAACUCCAAGCACAAGGACAAGAGGAGAUAAUAUUCUUCUGCGUAAGAGAAGAGCCAGUGGUGUUUCUCCACAAGGAUGACGACUUUGUGCCAUACACCCCCCGGAGGAAGGAAAAUCUCCAUGAGAACCUUCAUGGGCUGGGGAAAAAAGAGACAGGGGAGCACCUGGAGCUGACCAUCAGAAACGAGCUUCACGACUUUGCCAAGCUCAACGAAAACGUCUUCUACGUCUACAACGACAUUGAGUUCUUUAAAGACGAGCCCCAGAAGAUAUCGAUCGCGUGUGAGGAGGACAUCCACGUGACUGAAGAGGUCUAUAAGAGGCCGAUGUUCACCAUGCAGGGAUACAGGUACUACAGAUUACCACUACCAACAGAGGGAGCGCCACUGGAAGAAGACUUUGAUGCAUUUGUUAACAUACUCAGGGAGAGCCCCAGCUUGUCUCUGGACCACAGCACAUCCCGGCAGCUUCCUACUCUGCUCUUCAGCUGCCAGGUGGGCGUCGGACGCACCAACCUCGCUAUGAUCCUGGGCACGUUAGUCAUGAACCGCCUCAGUGGAGGCUCGCAGCCACCAUCCCAAGAUGAGGAGGCAGCCACUUCAGAGCCCAAACCCCUAUUUCAGGUCAUUCAGUGUCUGAUCAAUAGGUUGCCUAAUGGACAGCAGAUCAUGGAAGAGGUUGACCAUGCCAUUACCAUGUGUUCAGAAAUGCACAACAUCAAAGAAGAAAUAUAUGAAAACAAGAGUAAACUUGAAGGGAUUGGAGAAGAUUAUCAAAUUCAGGGAAGCAGCACCAAAGACUACUUUCUCAACAGAACAAUGCAGAGCCUGGAGCGCUACUUCUACUUGAUUGUAUUUAAUGCCUACCUUCACGAACAGGCGACCGGAGCCGUGUUGGCCCAUCUGACGGACGAAAAGAGGAAGCACAGCCACGUGUUGUGGGUCAACCUGCACGAGGAGCUGGUGUUCGAAGGAAACGGGAAAAUCUUUACUCCCAGGGAACCCUUGUGUUUGGAUCAGCCCAUCCCUGUCCCAACGAAUGACCCACAAGUGAUAGAGAAAUUGGAAACGUCCCUAAAGGAGGAGAUUCUGCGUGCUCAGAAGAGUUUGGAGGUGACGCUGGAGCAGGAGAAACAAAUGAAGAUGUUUAAAAGUGGCCUGACGGUUCAGGAGAUAUUCAACCAGCACAAAAGCUCCCACCAAGGCCUCGUGUACAAACGCAUCCCGAUGCCAGAGUGCUGCGCACCGAAGGCAGAGGACUUUGAUAUGCUGCUGGAGGCCAUGAAGGGUGCUUUAGCUGAGGACUCGCUCUCAGCUUUCGUUUUCAGUUGCUCCAAUGGCAGAAGCAGGUCUACGACCGCCAUGGUUGUUGCAGUUUUGACUCUCUGGCACUUUAAAGGCUUCCCAGAAUUUGCGGAUGAGGAGAUCGUGAGUGUUCCUGACGCGAAGUACACAAAAGGAGAGUUUGAGGUUGUGAUGCAGCUCAUUCGUCUUCUCCCCGAUGGCCACAAGAUGAAGAAGGAGGUGGACAUGGCACUGGAUAUCGUCAGCGAGACCAUGACCCCCAUGCACUAUCAUCUGAGAGAGAUUAUUAUCUGCACUUACAGACAGGCUAAACACGAAAAGAACGAAAAGGAAUGUCAGCAGCUGAUGCUGAAGAGCUGGCGGUACCUGGAGCGCUACAUGUACCUCAUCCUCUUCAACACAUACCUGCAUUUGGAGAAGAAGGACUCCUGGCAGCGCUGCUUCUCUGUGUGGAUGGAACAGGUGGCUGCCAGAGCUGGGGUUUAUGACGUCCUCAACCAGCUGGGAUUCUCAGAGUUCGAGGACCCGAGAGACACGCCGCUGGCCAGGCUGCGGUACCGCUGGCAGCAGCAGAACAUUCAAUCACUUCCUUUCCGAGGGGAGUUCAUCUGAGAGGGAGGAUCACUGUGAAAGUCCCAAAUAAAAGCCGAGCUUUUCAGAAAAAGAGACAUUUACAGUAACCUUGUUAAGCUUUGAAUAUUUUUUGUUGUAUGCCUUUACACCAUCUUUUUCGUCUGUUUUGUUUUGUUAUUUUUACUUUGAUGAUGUUAGUUUCAUUAAUAUUAAGUUUUGUUAAAAUCUCGCUCUUUUAUCAGAAUGCUUUUUUUUAAAUAGAUCGAUUAGUGUAAUAAUAUUUCUUUUAUUUUAAAUAGUUUAAUGUUUUUAUUGUGAUGGGCGUUGAAGGUCCUGUUGAAAAAAAGAUGAGUUAAAAGUCGUGAAGGAAAGAAUCAAAUUGAAAUAUUAGCCAUUCAUUCGGGUUUCAGGUCACGGCAGCUUGUUGCRUCUCUGACCUUUUCCUCCAAAUGCAGCUGUUUUAUUGAGAAGCUGGAGGGUUUUGCGUUCCUGUGUACAUAUGAAAUCUGUUCUUAUUUAAAAAAUUAAUGCAUCAUUAAUGCAGCUUUCUAAUCCUUGUCAGAGUAAAUGAUGUAGGGAGAUCAAGAUUGUGACAUUUUUUAAAGAACAGCAACACAGUGCUCCCCUUGUACCUGUUAUGUUUUACAUUUAAUUAGAAUAAUCAUGAUGCAGGUACUAUUUUUUUGUAACAUUCAUUAUGAAGAUACUGUAUUUCUGUCUUUUUGUUUUGUGUUUUCAAACAAAGUGGUAAUGGUUAUCUUUACMUUUGUAGCUUUUGAAUUUAAUUUUCCUGAAAUACCACCUCUUUUAAAAAAGGCUUAUUUCCAGGUUUGUAUUUUGUUAAAAUCCACUAGUCAAUCUUUGCAGAGUUCACAGAAGAGUUAGAAUAUAUUUAAAUAAGUAAUUUCUCAUGUUUGACCUAAUGAAGUUCCUGUCUCCUCAAGGUCUCUAAACUUUUUUCUGAUUGGCCAGCUUUCAGAAGCCUCCCCGCUGGCAGUCGGACUGCCUGAUUGUGGGAUCUGCUGCAGAUAAAGUAGCCUCAAGCUGUUAGUCUCAAGCAGAGAUGAGCAGCAAGCUGCAAAAUCAGAGUUUUAAACAGAGAGUGAUGUAAGAAAAUGAGUGGAGUUUCAUUUUUAAAGUCAGGUCACACAAUCUUGACGUCACCAGUAUGCCAACAGGAAUUAAAAUUGUGAUUUAUGAUUGGAAACAGCAAAUAUUUGGUGUGUAACUUGGGACUUAGAAACACUUGGUACCAGUUGACUGGAUUCUCAUGUUGGUGACAUCAUUGGAAAGAAAUAACAGUUGGAUGAUUCAUUGCUUAGGAGAAAAAAAAUAGUUUUGUUUUGUCACCCUGUUAGAGCAACAAAGAUACAGUUGUUACACUGAAGACAUGAUGGUUAUUGUUAACCACACAGAGCAACUUUAACUACAUUUUCCAACGCCCAAGCACUUUUUAUCAUUUAGGACAUUAUGUUUUUCUUUUAAGUAGCAAAGAUGCCAUAAAACCUGCUUUAAAACCAGAGAAAUAGGACAAAAAUUGUUUUUWUCCCUUUUUUAUUUUGUUGUGCAUCAAAUAACUUAUUAAGACUGAUAGAGUAAAGAGAUUAUGUCAACUGAAAGUAA